AAUAGUUUUAAUUUUAGUCUCAUAAAAGCUUCGACUCGUAUUUUAUACAUUGGUUUAUUUUCAGACAGAUGGAAAAAAGGCAGAAAACAGUGUUGUUGUGUGAAAGCAGAAGGCCGUUUGUUCAGACGUUUGUCCUGGUGGAGUGACAGUGGGUGGAGUGGAGGGGCGAGUGGAGGGUGGAGGCUUUAAGUCAGGAAGCAGCAGCACAGAAAGGACCAUCUGUUCACAGAUAAAGACAAUCCAGAGGAGGACAGACGUCCAGCAGGAGGAAGGGAUGGAAGGCGCUGAAAGAUUUCAGUGAAGUGAAUCAUUUACAGACAAACAUGUAGAAAGAUGAAGAUGUGGACUGUGCUGCUUUGCCUGAGCGGCGGAUGGAUUCCAACAGCUGCUGGUGUCACCCCAACGUCCUCCAUCACACCAGUAACACCAACCGAAGACGAUGGCUCCCGACUGGUGGACUGGCUGAUGAAGUAUGGCUACCUGCCGCCUUCAGAUCCCUCCACUGGCCAGCUGCAGGCCUGGACUGCAGUCACUAAUGCUGUCAGAGCCAUGCAGAAGUUUGCAGGCCUCAAAGACACUGGAGUCGUAGAUGAGGAGACCAUGGCAUUGAUGAGAAGUCCUCGCUGCUCCUUACCUGACCAGGAGGAACCAUCCAGACCAGAGGGGAGCAAGCUGAGGAGGAGGAGGAGGACUGUCUCCAUGUGGACACGAAGGAACAUUAACUGGAGGUUGCAUUCCUAUCCUUCCUCUUCUCAUCUUUCCCGGGAAACAGUUCGCUCCCUCGUCUUCUACGCUUUAAGAGUUUGGGCCGAGCCGACACCGCUGGAGUUCCACGAGGUGGGCAGUCCAGAGGCCACUGACCUGCAGGUAGACUUCCUCCAUGGUUACCACGGUGACGGCUAUCCCUUUGACGGGGCAGGCGGUGCGGUCGGACAUGCGUUCUUCCCCUCAGACCCGGCUCGGGCUGGAGGAGUUCAUCUGGAUGCAGAGGAGGACUGGACCUUCAGACAGCCAGCCUCUGAAGGAACCGACCUGUUCACGGUUCUGGUCCAUGAGUUCGGUCACGCUCUGGGCCUCACUCACUCCUCGUCCCGCCACUCGGUGAUGAGGCCCUACUACCAGGGUCCGGUUGGAGACCCCCUCCACUACCGCCUGGGCCCCCAGGACCUGGAGCACAUCACCCAGCUGUACGGUAAAAGGAACCAGCUUCUGGCCACUGAUGCUCCUCGACUCGCCCCAGAUCCUCGCCACAGAAGCCACCAUCAUCACAGACAUGGAACCUCCACAGAUCGCUGUAACACCAUCUUUGAUGCUGUGGCAAAGAUCAGAGGCGAGACUUUCUUCUUCAGAGGCCUGACCAUGUGGAGAGUCAGCGCUGGAGGUCUGGUGUCGGACCGGGGAGCUGCGGUCAGGAGGCUGUGGAGAGGUUUACCUCCAGAUCUGCCUCGCCUCCACGCUGUGCUGGAGAGACAGUCAGAUCAUGCCAUCAUCUUCAUCAGUGGUUCCCGGUUCUGGCUAUUCAGGGACCUGACCCUGCAGGACGGCUACCCUCAGCCCCUGUCUGCUCUGAGGAUGGGGCUGGACCUGGCUGGAGAUGAAGAGGCAGGAACAGGAACAGGAACAGGAACAGGGAGGUUUGGUCUGGUCUGGGACCCGGAAGAGGGUCCUGUGUGGGGGAAAAUAGAGGCUGAAGCAACACAAGAAGACACCUGGACUGGACUGCUGAGGGAAGGUGUCAGUGGCAUCACCACGGACGCUGAUGGCUCUGUCUAUCUCUUCAGAGGAGACUCCUACUGGAAGUUCAUGUUUCCAGGCUCCUCCCCGCUGGACGGAUACCCACGAUCCUCUGCUGCAGACUGGCUCGACUGCACCGCCUCGUCCUCGCCUGCCGUAGACGACUUCUCCUUGUCUCUGUCUCCACCUGCUGGACGCCAGGAGCUCAGGGAUGGGUGGACAGAGGAGGAGGAGGAGGCAGGAGGAAGGAGGAAGGACCGUCAUAAACACGUUUGGACACAAUGCACGUGUCAGAGUGCAGCAUCCAGAAGCACACGUAUGACCGCUGUCCUGCUAGUUACAUGGACAAGUUUCAUUAGCACUCUCACCUGUAAACUGUAAUAUGAGGAAAACUUCUAGAGGAGGAUAAAAAGACUGAAGAAAAUACAAGAGUCCUGCAUUCACACACUUGCAGUUUACAGAAAUAAUCUAAUUUCUAAUAAUCUAAAAGAACUUUCAGAGUGUGAGCUGAGAAGUGUGUUAAGAGCUGCAGUCAGAACGUGAAGCUUAAGACGGGCAGCAGGGAAAUAUACCCCCUGUCAAAAGUUUUGAGACGGAUUCUAGUUUAUUUGAAUGAGAAGGUGUCUCAAACCUUUUGACAGGGGGUGUAUCUAAGGGCAGGGAGGCUGCCGGACCGUCGGAAACUUACAUAAAUAGACUUACAGAUAAAACAUAGUUGCAGUAAUUAACCCUCUUGUUGUCUUCAUUAACGGACACCAAAAAAAAAAGUUUCCUUGUCUGAAAAAAAAUCCAAAAAUUCAGCAAAAAAAUUCCCCAAAUUUAUAAAAGUUUGCAAAACAUUUAGGAAGAAAAUUCUAACAAUUCCUUAAAAGUUUCCCUUAAAAGUUUUACUUAAAAAAUAUGCAAAUUUGGCAAGAUAUAAAAAUGAAAAAAAAUGUAAAUAUUUUCAGAAAAUGAGGUGGUUUGUGUUUUGCUGCUCAGACUAUGAGUAUUGACAAUGAUGUGGACUAAUAACAUAUAUAGAAUAUAACAUGCAUUUCACUGAAUAGAGUUUGAAUGGAGUGGUUUAAAUGUGUGAUAUUGUUGACUCUGAACUCCAUACAUGUUGUAUGAUUCUGAGCCUCUGUAAAGUUCUUGGUAGAAAUAGUUUACUCCACUUCGCUGUGCUUACAUUGUGCUGUUUCGUUAAAAUAAUCUUUUUUGUGCUAAAGUCUAAUCAUUAAAUGUCCAUCCAUAAUAAAGUCAUUUCAGUGAUAUAUUAAACGUCCAGUAAAUAGACAGCACCCACCACACUGAGACAGAGACGGGGAAAAGGAAAAUGUCCUCUUUAUAUGAGAUCCUGGUCAAAUCUUGGUCUUUUUACAGGAAUUUACAAAUAAGACUCAUUUACACCAAAACAAACACAGAUUUCUAUAAAGUAAUGUCAAUUAAAAUAUUCAGCCUUUAAAGAAC